UAUAGCAAUACGGAUGCAAUGACAGCAAUGGCUCCAUUCUGUUCUCCGCCGAGUCAUCUUUUUGGACCCUCGAGUCCCCUUUCGUAUUCCAAUACAAAUGCCUGGGGAGUUGUUGAAAGCUGGAUGUUCUGGUGCCAGUUCAGACCGCAGUCCAACAACCCACGCAACGCAGACAAAGGAGCACCUAACUGACUGACGGCGGCAGUAGUUAGGGAAACCCAUCAAACAAGAAGCCGUUGCUUUAUAGCCUGUCUCCUUUAUCCGGAGUGGGCUUGAUGGUGCUUGUAUCCAGGUCGACCUGCCCACGAUCAACAAGAUCAAUCUGAUCUUUCGGCGGCGGAUGCCCGCAUUGCGUCGAUACUAACUGUUCUUACAUGGAAGACCCGCGAUCCAUCGCAACAAGAUCGCAGUAUGCCAUUGAGCAAACCAAGGCCGUCUCCACGGCCAUCUGCCACGAGCAGUUUCAGCGACACCACCAACAAAUCAGGGCCAAAAUUGACUGCUGAGAAUAAGGAUGCGCCGUCGCAAAAGCGACAUGAACGGCAAAACUCCCGGGCACUACUACUACCCCAAAGCGGCGCCACAUUAACUACAACUACAGCCACCACCAGCAUAAUACCGACCAAAUAUCCAAUUGCUGAUGGAGAUGUUCCAAACGAAAACGAUGAGAACGAUCUCAUUGACGAUUCUGGUGCCAUUGGUGCAUCUGCAUCAACCGGGGGUCGUUUUACAAGGCCAGACUAUCUACUCCAUGGUUUACUUGCACGAGCGAGGAACCGUGUAAAAGAUCGAACUGGGCGAGACAAGGAAAAGGGCAACGGAGAUGUAAGUCAAGAUUUUGAUAAGUUAUUUACUGGAAUUAUUCCUGAUGAGACACCCACCAUCUCCUUCAUAACUGCAAGUCAUCCCUGAUCAAAGCGCAUUCUGAGAGACAAUGGAAGAUCAGACCACUGCUCAGCCCAGCUCAGACCAGCCAACCACUGUCGCGUGCUAGGGCGAUCUUCUCUCUCAGGUCAUGCGAUUGCCGUUCAGGGCCCUGAAUUGGCCCCUCAAUGGGCUCAGUUCGGGGGCGCCUUUGACCGAUGGUAUUAUCCGGCUUAGAGAUGUCAUGAUGGUCCAAUGUCCGGUCAUUCAUGUCAAUUGACUCGGUGACUUUUUUUCCUUUUUAGCACUAUAUUUUAGUUCCUUGUGACCCUGUCUGUUC